CCACUACUGUAGUAGCGUCUGAUGUAAUUACGUCAUACCCACCAAAAUUCAAGUCUCAGCAUGAAACAAGGCAGGACAAACCAAAAUCAUCGAGCUCUGUAAGCGCAUCGCAAAAUAUUAUCUUCAAUAAUAUGUGCUUGUAGGCCAUCAAAUUUGUUUCAUAUUAAACUGUCCGAUUCAGUGAUUGAAUUUCGUUGCGACUUGACAUAGUCGCAAAAUCCUUGAUCAUGUUGGACGUUCUCAUGUCCCUUCCUAUACUGUCCUACUUCGCUGCGCCAGCCCUGACAUCAUGGUCAACCUCAUUGAACAUAUUAUUUUUCUACAUGACAUGGAUGACCCUCGUCCUGUCUUAUUCGCCGUUGAAGAUCGAGCUCGUCGGCACCCUCGCCGUACGCGUUGCUCUAUGGUUGAUCCCGUCUUUGGUGUUCCUCCUAUUUGAUGCGGGGAUACCAAGCCUCUCGGAAUCCAUCAAACUCUAUGGAUCUACAUCGCUACCCCGGCGCAAUGCGACAACCUUGGCCAAGCAAUUGCUUCUCGCAGUCGUUAAUCUAUUGCUGUUCUCGGCCGUGCAGGCUGCUCUGUCAGUAGGCGCUACGACACUGCUUAAAGGUCCGCUGUUCAAGACAUCGACGACACUUCCGCUGCCUUGGCAGAUGAUCAAGCAUAUCGGAUGGCUCUACGUCAGCCGAGAGUUCCUGACAUAUUAUAUCCAUCGUCACUUCUUGCACUCGCGCGGUCUGUUAACGAAUCUGCACUCAAGGUACGGACACUGCCACCGCGGCGCGCCGUACUCACUUAUGCUUUAUGCGGACCACCCCUUGCCUUUGAUGCUGCACCGCUUGCUGCCGGUCUACCUGCCAUCGCUGUUCAUCCGCCCGCAUCUGUUGACAUAUUUCCUGUUCACUAUCUUCACUACGAUUGAGGAGACAAUGUCUAUGUCUGGAUACAGCAUCGUGCCGGGUAUCAUAAUGGGCGGCAUUGCGCGCCGUACAGGCACGCAUUACGCGAGUGGAGGGCAAGGCAAUUUUGGGGCUUUUGGAAUUCUGGACUGGAUUAACGGGACAAGUGUUGGUAAGAAUGUCAUCAGGGACAUCCAAGAUGAGGCAGAAAAGCACCAGCUCAAGGAAAGGGGCGAGAAUGCCGCAGAUGAUGCUGGGAACCUGCUGCAGGAUGGCGUUGAUCGUGUCAGGAGGAGCAGAAGGAAUGGGAAGAAGGACUAGUUUGAGGUUAACAUUUAUUGAAUUGAACAGUUGUAUGGGCGAAAAGUAGAUGGUUCUGUGAGAGUUUGCUGCUUUGACCUCUUACGUUCGUCGCUUACCAACAUGUGAGUAUGAUAAAUAAAUUAUUUACAUCUGUGAAUUAAUGGAAGCACGUAUCUAGUACAUCUGGCCGCGUUAUGCAAUGCACAUUUAUUGACAAGCGGUAAAAUGUGGAAACUGCUUAAGCUUAAAUAUAUUGAAGGAUUCAAGGAUGGUUUAUAGUGAUAGUGGCAACGUGUAAGCGGAUAGGUCAAUUCUCUACAGCCUGCCUCCUUCGAAUCUCAAGGGAUUUGGCUAUUCUUAAGGUGUCUUACG